GACUGCAUCAGCGAAUGAACUUCAAAAACAAAUCGAAGAGCAAGGCAAUUUGGUCAGAUCACUGAAAGCUACAAAUCCAAAAGGUGACGAAGCGAAAGCUGCGAUUGCGAAGUUGUUAGAGUUGAAAGCACAAUAUAAAUCUGUAACUGGUAACGAAUAUAAACCGAAGCCAGUUGAGAAGGCACCAUUGGUAGAGAGUGGUACGAGUGAAGAAUCACCAGAUGAACUUCGCAAACAAAUUGAAGAACAAGGCAAUUUGCAAGAAAGUAAGGAUGCCAUUGCGAAACUUUUGGAGUUGAAGAAAACCUUCAAAGAU